CAGGUCUGGAGGAGGGACCGUUAACGUCUAGCGCACGAGCCUCGCACCGCAACAGCAGCAGCUGGUGCAGCCGAGGAGGUUACUUUGUUACAGCGGAGCCACCGGAGAGAAAACGGCCGAGCGAAACCUCUCGGAAAAAGUGUGAACAGUUGGGGGGAAAACGGCGCGACCAAACCGGUGCCGGGAUUGGACUUUGGCAGGUGUUUUUGUGAACUUGUCGGCGGAUUUGAACGUUGUCUUUUCCACCGAGAAAAAAAGGGAGGUCUCUCUCAAAGUUGAGCCGAAGAGGAGUUCUCUCUUUCAGGAUGUCGGACUGAGACAAAGGGGUCUGGGGGGCAUUCCUGACGGAGCGCAGGUAAAACUUGAUCCUUGAAGUCUCCUCUGGAUGGGAAAGAUGGAGAGGGAGUUGCAAUGGUGGAAAGGACAGCUAGCUGCAGAUAUCCAUCAGUCCCUCCGCAUCAAGGAGCUGAAGCUACCGGUGUACCGGGCCCACUCUCCGCAGAUUGGCAUGCGACGGUACUUUGCAGACUUGCUGGCCAUCCUGAGUAAUCGCUACCAGCUAUGUCCCACAGCACGUCACCUUGCCGUCUACCUGCUGGACUUGUUCAUGGACCACUAUGACGUGGCCGUUAAGCAGCUCUAUGUCAUCGCCCUCUCCUGUCUGCUCCUAGCUAGUAAAUUUGAGGAGAAGGAGGACCGGGUUCCCAAACUGGAGCAGCUGAACUCUCUGGGCUUUAUGUGCAGCCUUAACCUGGUUCUCAACAAGAAGGAUCUGAUCAAAAUGGAGCUUCUGCUGCUGGAGACCUUUGGCUGGAACCUGUGCAUGCCCACACCUGCCCACUUUAUUGACUACUACCUCCAUGCCUCGGUGCAGGAGGGUGACCUAUACAAUGGUUGGCCCCUCUCCUCUCUCUCCAAGACCAAGGCUUUCAUGGACAAAUACACUCACUACUUUCUGGAAGUCUCACUGCAAGAUCACGCCUUCCUGAGUUUCCGACCAUCCCAGGUUGCCGCUGCGUGUGUGGCGGCGUCUCGUAUUUGCCUUCAGAUUUCCCCAAGCUGGACGACUGCUCUACAUCUGCUAACAGGCUACACAUGGGACCACCUCACUCAGUGCAUUGAGCUCAUGCUACUUGCUCAUGAUAACGACGUUAAGGAGGCCAACAAGACCAAAUCCACUCCUCCUCACCGGCCCUCCUCUCUGCAAUCUCAACCCCAGACCUCCCACCUCUCUCCAGUGUCAGCCAUCCAGAGACCAGCAUCUUCCUCUUCCUCCACCUCCUCCACACCACAGCUGCUGUUUCAGCCGGAUGGCUUCCCACACCUUACCCAACAUUCCCCGUCCCUGUCUCAGCUGCAGGCGCUAGCUGACUCCCAGGCUUUGGGGCCUGUGGUAAACAUGUCUCAGGACUUCAUUCAGAGCCACAGGAUGGGUCUCCUCACUGGGGCAUCUUCCAUGACUCCUGGGAGUGGGUUCCCCUCCUACCCGAGCCUGACCUCUGGUCUACAGCCGGGGGCUCGUGCGCUGCCGCUGCAGGGACCCAUUUCUGUGCAGAUGGCCCUCGCUGGGGAGCCCCGCCACUGUCUGAGCAUGGCCUACAGCGGUGGCUACCUGGGGGCUCAUCACACUUUUGCAGCCGGCUGCUUUGACAGGUGACGCCAGGAGACGGAGAGAGAACACAAACCCCUGCGGGAGUGCACAGCUAUGCUUCCAUCCCAAGUCCCUACCCCAAAAUACCCCUUUACAGACCUCCUCUCUCUCUCCGUCAGCUCCGCAACACCUUCAGCUUGUCCAGCUCCCCCGUCCCUCUCGCAGAGACGCCUCAAACGCAAGCAGAGGUCCAAAGGCAAGACAGACCCGGUGGAAGUCAUCACAUUGACGUGAUGCUCCAGAGACUCGUAUGAAUUACAGAGGCAUUACAAAAAAGUUAUUGCCAUAUUCUGAACUUGUUUUUCUAAAUCUUUUAUCAUGAGACUGUCAUCACUGUGAAUGAGAUGAAAGCAGCAGUGUGAUCUAACACCCACCUCAUUCAGUGCCUGUUCUCAGUUGUGUGAUAGCUGAGCCAAUUUUAGAAGUGCGCAGAACACAAAGUAUCUGUGAUAUGGAUCUCUUGCUGCUUGAUGUCAUUUUUUUUUUUUAUUAUUUCUAAUCCCCAAAAAAUGUAACACAUUUUAGAGAGGAAAAAAUUGGCUGUUAUAUUUCUUGAGCCACCAUUUAAAGAGAGAAGAAGAAAAAAAAGGAUGCUUGUCGAUGACUUGUCAGGAAGCAAAAAGGCUGUUGUAUGUCGGUCGUGUCUCCUGAAUGUCAGCCAACAUUGAUCUAACUCCUGUAGUCUCUGUUGGAGCUGAAGGGCCCCUCUGGGAAUUCCUCGCAACAUAAGCCCUCAGAGGGGACGAAGAAUUCAUUGUUUUGAGCACAGCAGGUGAAGUCCACAGCUCCAACAUGCCUGCAGUGUUUCGGGUAUUUUUCUUUUUUUUUCUUUUACUGUCCUCCCUCUCUCUCUCUCCCAUCUCCAAAGUCGAGCCUCGUGGCGGAGCCGUCACACACGUGGGUUGAAAAUGUGGCAGCUGCAGGCUUUGUCGUACUAAAGUUUUAAUUUCAGUGUCUUCUUCGGCACCGCUCAAAGAAUUUAACACAAACGGAUGUGACUGGACCAGCACGGUGAAGGACACAUGGACGUCGGUUGUUUAUUGUAUAUAUGAAUUGCUGCUGCCUUUCUUAUGAACUGUUGGUUCUGUGUCUGUGUUAAUGACUCCAAUGUUUACAUGAACCACUAAGUAUCAGGGACUUGAACAAGAUUACUUGAAUAUGAUGCCAUUGAAACAUGCCAUAGCUUUUAUUUAUGACCAUUUUAUUUUAAAUUUUUGUUUGAUGUAGUGUAGCUUAUACCAGCUUAGAAGCACACCAUUGAUUUAAUUUUAGUUUUCUUUGUGCUUGUUCAUAGAAACUGUGUAUUCAGGCUCAGGUUUCAAGGCUGAAGCUAGCAGCCUUCCAGUUUUUCUGUGCUUUAAAGUGGAUGCUAAUGAAGCGUCUGCGGGGGCUGGAGUAUUCCCCCCUUCUUCAUCACUGGACCAUACUCUGCUUACAAGUCGGUAACUGAAUGCACGAAACAGUCAGGUUUGCAUCGUAGUGGAACAACCGCGUGGUCGCUGGUUUCACACACGAAACAUCUGCAGCCAGUCGACGGUAAUUGUUUCCCAGAUUUCUAAAGCUGCGAUGCCCAAUCUUCCACUUCCUGUUUAAAGUAUAAACACAUCCAGAUUCCCAGCGACAGUCACAAGGGUUGCCCGGUGAUACUGUAAAAUGACCAUGGAGCCCAGGUUCUGGGAUGUUGUUGACUGAAUUGUGGCUGCAGCAAGUUAGUUCAUUACUGAUUAAACUGUCGGAAACCUCCCUGGAUUUUAUGUUCACCUAAAAAAAAAAUUUUAAAUGACAAAUGCAUGUCAUAAUUUCCCACAUCUCGAGGUGAUCUAUUCAAAUUACGUGUUUAUUUUAGGACCAGAAGUCCACAAUCCAAAGAUAUUCAGUUCACUGUUAUUUUAUGGCAAAGAAAAGCAGCAAAUUCUCACAUUUGAGAAGCUGAAACCAGAAAAAAAUUGGGUUUUUUUGCUUGAAAAAAAAAAGAAAAAAAUUACUUUUCUCUGUAUUCACUAAUCGAUAAAUCCACUAAUUGUCAUAAGCUUACUGUGGACCCAAACUUCUGGGAUAACAGCUGCUCGGUGAGCUUAAUAUAUGAUGUAACAGUUGCUAUUUCUCACCUCUCUCAUUCACUCUGCUGAGGACGAGACGUCCUCUCAUCAUGUCGGGCCUCGUCCUCGGCAGAUUCAGUGUAACACUACAUGAAGCCUUCCGAACACUCCCAAACCUUUUCCCACCACUGAACUAUGAUACUUUACCUUUUUGUUUAACUUCUUAUGUACAGUUUUGUUUCUAUAUUUUUUACAUUCCCUUUCUGUGUAAUUUAGUUAAAGGUUUUUUUGAUUCUCCGGAUGAAUUCUGUUGGUGUGAUAGUUUUUUUUUUGUUUUUUUUUAAGUUCAUCUUGCUCUUUUCCUCAUAAUUCAUGGGUAAUUUCUCACUGAGGUGUCAAAGGUGCAAUAUAUUGUUUUUUUAAUUUUCUGUUUAAACUGACCACAGCCAUCACUGUCUCGUGUACACCACUGGUUCAUCUUUUGUAACUUAUUUUUGAUAAUUGUGUUAUUUGACUUGCUGUAGCUUGAUCUCUAGAGGGCAGCAGGCUCUGAACACAAUGAAUAUGUUGCAUAUUGCAGCCGCCUCCUUUGACUGAUAGAUAAUUACUGAAUGCUUUUGUCUUUUUAGCUGUUUUAGAGAUUUACCGUGCAUUUUUUUUUCCCCCCACCCACAGCCGUGAAAGGUGCUGAUGUCACUCACACCAAACAACACUCGUCUCAAGUGACACCACAAACUUCCAAUUUAUAUUUUUGUAUUAUUUUGUACCAAUUUGUAGUCUCGGUUUAUGUGACACUGAAUGAUGGAGGGAACUCUUUGAUCAUAAUGUGCCAUGGGAAAAUAAACACACAAGUGAACUGAG